UGAGGAAGACUUGAAGAGGCGGAGUUCAACAGGCGACAACAGCGCCACCGCAGUCCGGCAGAGAGCGCCUCUCUGUCCGCUCAGUCUUAGGCAGCAGACCUGUCUUUAGGCUGGUUUAAAUCCGAUAAUAACCCGCUAGUCCAAUUAAAGACAAUCCGCCAAGCCGCAGGCUGAGUAAAGUCCAGCUCUUCGGCUGGACGAUGGAGAGGAGCGGCACAGAGGACGACGACCUGAGACCGCAGCCCGCCAUCCGUCACAGUGCUCAAGUUGCAUGAUGUGUCGUGGGGGCUGGAAGUGAAGUGGCCUCGCGUACUUCAGUAGAUAUUUAUUGUGAAGCUGUCGGAGAGGCUCCCGGAGGCCGAGAGUUCAGACGGACCGGUGUCUGAAGGUUUUUGCUGUCAACAUGGACACGUACAUUGAUGUGCUACUUAUCACCGCGAACGUCGGCUCCCUCUUUGACAAUGUGGGUGAGAUGCAAAGCGAAUGGAUACGAGAGUUAUGUAAGAUUGUCCACAGUCACAAACCAAAAUUCAUCGCCCUCCACUUCCAAGAGGUGGGAGGGAAGGACUAUAUGGUUAAUAUGGGUCAUGCAGAAAAUUUCGUACGGAGCAUCGAGAGCAGUGAGGAAAUUAAACACUUUGACAGGUCCUGCAUUUAUGUGGACAGCCAGUUUCAAGCAGAAGAAAGCUUCACGGCUUUGGGAAGCAUGUACUUCAUCCAUAAGACCCUGAAAAAUGUCUACCAGUAUGAUUUUAAUGUGAAGGAUUUCAAAGCUGUGUUGGGGCAGAGCAAGUACGUGAACUCCCUGCACGGCGUGUCCACGGUGGAGAAAGAAAAAUUCCCAAAGAAUUUCUGGCCUGAUUUCAAAUGGUCCAGAAAGGGCUUCAUGAGGACCCGUUGGAUGAUACACAACCAAGGUCUGGACCUGGUCAAUGUCCACCUGUUCCACGACGCCUCCAACCUCAUAGCCUGCAACUCCAGCCCUUCUAUUUACUCAGCAAACCGCAAAAAAGCCCUCCGAUACGUCAUCGACAGGAUAUCAGACUGCUGCUACACUCCUCUGCCUUUCUUUGUGUUUGGUGAUUUUAACUUCCGUUUAGACACACUUAGUCUGGUCCAGCACCUGUCCACCUCAGCAGAUGUGCAGACAGUGAUGAAGGACAGCAGUGAUGAAGUGGAGAAAAUCAUUUGUGAGGAAAAAGACAACAACCACCAGGUGCUGCUGCACAUUGAGGACAAACUGUUUGCCUACCUGCACCAGGCGGUUUUCAGGGAGGACAAUGGCAGAGCACUUUUGAAAUACGACAAAGAAGUCACAUCGUUUUAUGAUGUUAUUAGAGAAGAGGACAUCUUAUUUCCACCCAGCUACCCCUACAGUGAAGACAACACUAAACCAACCCAGUACAUGAACACUCGCUGUCCUGCCUGGUGUGAUCGUAUUCUCAUGUCACACACUGCCCACAGAAUCAUCCAUAAGAGGGAUGACGUAGAGAAGCGUUUAGUUUACAACACAGUGGGGCCAAACAUCUGUAUGGGAGAUCAUAAGCCGGUGUUCUUGUUCUUCACACUGAAGACAGGCGGCCAUUGACUCAGUUUCUUCUCUGCAGUGAGAGCAGCUAUCAAUCAAAGAGCUCAGUCAUCACGUCUGCCACAGUGUCUACAUCAGGGGGUUUGCAGCAUUUUGGCUGCCCACCAGAACAUCAAAUCUGCCUGCUGCAGGUCUCGACUGAGCCACCAACACAUAUGAUCCCACAGCUUAGGUGAUUUCAGCAGCUCUCAUGGAUUUAUGUAUGGGACAGUUUUCCAGAUUCUUCUGUCAUUCUUCUGUUCUUCAGUCUCUUGAGGUUCAGGUACUGUGAGGAUUCCUACUGCUGCUGUCUGUGCCGCAGAUAAUGGAAAUACAGUAUUUUGUGAUACAAUUAGAACAAACAACUGUCAUUUAUAUCCAGUGAGUGUGUAAACAUGACAAGGUUUUUUUGCACAUCAUGCAAAAA